AUGUCUUGUGGUCCGCAAGACGGUAUGUGGAUCUACAAACUAUCUUCGAGGGAUUUAGAACAGUCCCCACAGCAACAGGACCAACCCCGACUGGAGAAAUCCAUGCUGAGCGGAAUCCCAUGCAUGGCUACCGAUAAACUUCGCCAUCUUGUGAAUCAGGACCCCCCUUUGGCCCGGGUUCAGAAUGCAUGUUCACCCAGAAGGAUCAAGUCUGGACAACGGUAA